AUGUGCAAUUUUGCAGUCUUUUUGCACCAAAAUCUUCGAAUAGUUGAACAAUGUCCAAGGCCACCUAAGCGCCAAAGACCAUCACUGGCAUCGGAAGCACUAUCGUCUGUCAGCGAAGCCCUAACAUCGAUCGCAUUGUUCGACGAUCGGGAGUGCGUGGCGCGGCUGUUGUGCGAAGCCGCUAGUGGAGCCCCAGGCUUCGGUACGUUGCAGUCCAUCGCUGGCUUGCAGCCUCUACUAACGUUACUCUCUGCAUACCGAGGCAUCAGUUCUAAUCCUCUCUUCGUGUUCGGGCGCGCUGCGUUCCUAGGAAUGUCGUCUAAGAACAACCCUGCAUCAUGUCGCUAUGCCUAUCCCCUCUGCCCCACAGACCCUGAGCAACUCGUCUUCUACCUCAACAACCAUAAUGGUGGCUUCUUUAGAUUCUUUAACGCGCCACAAAAUAGCCAACAGAAUAUCAACCAAUUCUACAAUCAGUUGUCCCAAAAUUAUAACAACCAACAGUACCAAUUCCCCCAGAACGGAAUUUCCAAUUUUCCUUACCAACCUAACCAGAUAAAUGGUUAUCCAACACAAAAAUACGGGAAUAAUUAUCCUUAUGAUCAAAAAUAUGAUUCAUUAAACAAAAUACGUUUUAAGAAUAAUUAUGAAGAGAAUAAAAUAGAAAAGCGAAUCCAAAAUACACCCAGCAAAUAUUUGGAUGAUUUUGAUUCUUUCGAAAACGUAGAUAGUAUUACAAAAUGGUCUUUUCCUGAGGAUAAUAAUAUUAAUACGAAUAAUAUAAGAGAUGGUAAAGGUUUAAAAUUUCCAGAAUAUUCUUACUACGACAACAAUAUAAAACAAAUCAACAAUAGAGAAAGAUAUGAAGAAAACAAAAGAGAUCCAAGAGGUUUUAAAUUUCCUGAUACCAGAAACAUUGAAUACGAAAUAAACAAGUAUCAAGAAUUGGAUUCACUGGCAAACAAGUAUAAUUAUAAUAGUUACAAUUACUUAAAUUCAGAUAUCAACAAAGGACAUAAUAAUGAAUACGACACUGAUCAAACAGUUAGGACAAUUUAUGUUGUCAGAGGUAAUGGCGAUCCUAACCAUCCGGAAAUUAUAAAAUUGAGGCCAGGACAAACAAUAUAUUAA